AGAGAUGAUAAAAAAUAUUUAUAUGAAAAGAUAACCUACUUAAAGAUCGAAUUUCAAAAUUUUCAACCAUUAUUUAAACCGACAAACUCUUCCAUGAAUUUGGUGGAACACCAUAGGAAUAAACUUGAAGCUUCCCUUUUUAAUGGAUUAAGAGAUGCGGAAAAGUUCGUUUUAAAAAAUGAUUUUGGAUAUCCGUCGGUAAAUGUACUUGAUUCAAUCAAUGACAGGGAAGAUGUUCGAUCUGUUAAGAAGGUUUUAUCUCAUUUAAAUGAUACUGCCUUUUACUUGUAUAAGCUGAAACAAAUGUUGAUGAUUUACGAAGAAUAUUUGUUUGAGGUUUCGAUUAAGCUCGCUAGCAUUGGUAUAGACAGAGACGGUAUAUUUGAACCUUCUAGACAAGAUUUAAAAUAUCUUCAAAAUUCUGUCGAACAUUUAAAAUCAGCUCAUUAUAAUUUUAUUCGAAAAUUUUUCCAUUUUUUUUAA